AAUCGGGUUCGUCUCUCGUGACCCGAUCUCCGAAAACCCGAUAACAGUUUCUACUUUCUGCACCAAAUCCAAAACCCUAGAUUUUAGGGCAAAUGUUACAAACUCAAAAUUGACCUCAAUGGCACUUAUAAAAAUCCUCCCUUUCGUCAUAAUCAUCAUCCUCAUCAUCUACGAAGACAGAAUUUCAACCCCAUCUUGCAAAUUAGUACCCAGUUCAAAUCCGCCCGAAAAUAUCUCCGAAGAAAUCGGCCAGAAUUCCAGUGAGGAUGACUUGAAGGUCAUGAUUGUUGCUAAUUUGCUUUUGUUGGGUUCUAAAGCUGGGUACUUCAACUUUUUCUUCAGGGAUUAUUACUUGUCUAAGUUCUUUAAGAAAUCUUUUCAAGUUUUGAAGCCUGAUAUGCUGCUUGUAUUAGGAGAUGUUUCUGCCAGAGGUGCAGAAUUGACAAGAAGUAACUGGUCAUCUGUGAUCCAGCAGUUUCACAGAGUGCUAGGGCCCUUUCUUGAGCUACCAUACCAUGUUCUUCUUGGAGAUAGGGAUAUCGGAGGCUGUAGUGAUUUAAAUUCUGGAUCUGUGAGUUGGAUAUCUAGCAAUUUUCCGGGAUUGGAUUCAUCUGGUUGUUCCGCAUUUGGAAUUGGCAACAUUAGUUUUGUCUCACUCAAUUCUGUUGCAUUAUUAUGUGGGGAUAACAGUCUCCGUUUUGGUGUUGAGAAAACUGUUGAAACAGAAAGCACGGAAUUACAAAUGGAAACUGAGCAAACGGAACAACCAGUGCAAGUCUCGAAAGAUAUCAGACUUGAGGAUUUCAUCUGGAGAGAAAAUGCUUUGUCAUCGGGGUCUGGUCCUGUUCUCUUACUUCACAUGCCAUUACACUUGAGAGCAAACAGAUUUCAAGAAAGCAACAUGUAUGACAAAAAAGCUGAAUAUAAACACCAGGAUGCAACAAGAAAGGGGAGCAGUGACCUUGCUGGUUUGGGCCCAUAUGAGUUAUGGCAUACUCUUCCACUUAAUGCAACUGAAUACAUCUUUCAAGCUCUAAAACCAAGGAUCAUCUUCAGUGCUCACACACAUAAGUUCUGUGAUCGAACUCAUUAUGAUGGGACGCGUGAGAUAACUGUUCCAGCCAUGUCAUGGGAGGCCGUUGAUGACCCUGGUUUUGUUUUUGCAUCCUUCAAAAGCAAUAGAAAAUCGAUAACUGUAAGCCAUUGUUUACUUGCUAAGGAAUCUAGUGUAAUAUUUACUUGUACUUCUAUUCUUGUUUUGUCAAUAUUGUCUCUUCUUGUAACACACACACCUCAAAACAAUAUAAUAAGUUGACGAUGGCAUUUUAGACUAGGUAUGAUGCUUCCUGAAUAUUUUUUGAAAGGAACAUUGUUAAUCCUAAAGUUCGUAUUGUUCUUGA